AUGGAUGAUCUACCAUCGAAAUUUCAUAUGGAAAAUAAUCAUAUUUUUCCCAAGUUUACUUUUGCGGAACUUGCGAAAGAGAAUAUUACUAGUUAUCAAUUAUAUCUUUGGUCAGCACCAAUUGACGUGGCAGAGCGUUAUCAACUCUAUAUAAAUCAAAUGUCAAUAUCAAAUAAUCAAUCUUUGGAAAGAGAAAUUUUCUAUAAUUGUACAUUGCCAAGAUUUGGUUCGUUAUGUCAAUAUGAAAUUAACUAUGUUCAUGAAAACUAUUCAUCUCUAUAUGAUAUGAUCAAUAAUUACUAUGAAGAGCGAUACUUCAAUCCUGAUGUAAACUGUUAUACUCAUUUACAAUGUAAUCGUGGUCCAUCGCCAGCUUGUUUGCAUUGGACAGAGAUUUGUGAUGGUCAAGUUGAUUGCAUCGAUGAUAAAGUGGAUGAAAAAGAUUGUUGGAAAAUUGAAAUUCAUGUAUGUCAAGAUGAUGAAUUCCAAUGUUCGAAUGGACAAUGUAUACCUAUGGCUUUUUAUCGUGAUGAUGAUACUACUAAUGAUUGUGCUGACAUGACAGAUGAACGUUCGCCACAACUAAUAGAAUCGUUGCACUUCAUUUAUAAACAACCGUCAUUUAUAAAUGAAGAGAAUCAAUUUCGUCGACUACCCAUCGGAAAUCUUAAUUUCGGUAUGCGUCGAAGCCAUUUAUUUCAAUCUUUAUUUUUGGCUAAAGAUAACUCUACAUCCAAAGAUUGUUGGUCAGCCCUUAGAUCUACAAUCCAACAAUCAAUAUAUGAAAAGCCACUUUUUAAUAAGACAUGCGUGGAACAAGAGUGUUUUGAAAUCAUUGAGAAAGAAUGUCCAGAUGUUUUUUAUUUCCCUACGGUGCCAGUCUUUUUUCAUAACAUUCGACUGGCAUUCAACAAAAUCGAUCUGUCAAUUUCCAAGGCUUCAUACUAUGGAGCAGCUUUCAUAUGUUACAAUAGUUCUGAUUAUGAGUAUUAUGUUCCUCCUGGUCGAAAUUUUUUAUUCAAUAAUGCAACCUGUUUCCGUCCUGGCGAUAUAAAUACUGUUGGCACGAUAAAAUACACACUGGAAGAAGUAUAUCUGUCUCCUUUGUAUUAAUUCAUAUAUGAAAUGAAACCAUACUUUUUAAUUUACAACUAUACUUCUGGAAUAUGUAACAGAUCUGACAUGUAUCAUUGUGUCAACUCUUCAAAAUGUAUCUCAAUGAAUCGUCUAAUGGAUCGUUCAAUGGACUGUCCAAAAGAAGAUGACGAAAAUCUAACGCAUAUUAUGGAUGCUGGCUGGACAGAUGUUUUAAAAAAACUUUUUAAAUGCAAGACGGUUAAUAAAUAUAUUCAUCAAUCGUCUGUUAAAGAUGGAUACUGUGACUGUAAAGACCCGUAUGACCAUCACUGUGAAGACGAAGAUGAAAAUAUUGCUUUAGCUA